AUGAAUCAUCCUUACGAUGAUUUCCCUAAUCUCUUCUUCUCUAACAACACUGCCACAGCCACAAGCACAUCCUCCUGCGUGGAGCAACAUGAUGGCAUCUCUCUUGAUAUGGAUUGGGAUAUUGACUUCCACGAUCUCAUUGAAUCUAUGAUGAGUGAUAAAGGAGCCACGACAGAAUCUCCUCCAAUGCUGUCUUAUCACCAUGGCCAAGAGGGAAUUUUUAACUCUUCACCCACGGGGUUUUCCAUGGCUGAUGAGCUUGAUGAUGAUGUAGAGACAGGUGAAUCAAAGGGCUUGAAGUUGGUUCACUUACUGGUGGCUGCUGCAGAGGCAUCAAUUGGCGCCAACAAAUCCCGAGAGCUAUCUCGGGUCUUACUUGCAAAGCUAAAGGACAUGACUUCCCCCAAUGACCAAACCAACAUGGAGAGAUUAGCUGCUCACUUCACCAAUGGCCUCUCAAAAUUGCACAAGGGAGCUAAUGUUCAACGGCAGUACGGUCCCCACCAACACCCUGAUGUUCAUGACCAGGUGGAUGUGAUCUUAGCGUUCCAAAUGCUGCAGAAUAUGUCUCCUUACAUUAACUUUGGUUACCUAACCGCCACACAGGCUAUUCUUGAAGCUGUAAAGUAUGAGAGGCGGAUCCAUAUUGUGGACAACAAUAUCACCGAUGGUGUUCAAUGGCCCUCCUUGAUGCAGGCCUUGGUGUCUAAAAAUAGAGGUCUUUCGGCCCAACAUCUUCGGAUCACGGCUUUGUCACGUGCCACAAACGGUAAAAAAUCAGUUGCUGCUGUCCAAGAGGCUGGGCGGCGUCUAACCGCGUUCGCGGAAUCCAUAGGGCAGCCUUUUUCUUACCACCAUUGUAGAAUGGACAGCGACACAUUCAACCCUUCUUCGUUAAAACUUGUCAGAGGAGAAGCAGUGGUGAUCAAUUGUAUGUUGCAUCUCCCUCAGUUUAGUAACCAACCACCCAAUUCCAUUAUUUCCUUUUUAUCGGAAGCUAAAACACUAAACCCGAAACUUGUAACACUUGUUCACGAAGAAGUUGGUCUAGUGGGAAACCAAGGCUUCCUUUACCGGUUUAUGGACUUGUUACAUCAGUUUUCAGCCAUAUUCGACUCUCUAGAGGCAGGCCCAGCUCGUGGAUUUGUUGAGCGUGUUAUUUUUGGACCCUGGAUUUUGGGUUGGUUGGCACGUGUAGCAAUUAGUGCUGAUGAUGCAGAAGUUGAGAGUGUUGCUUCAUGGCCGAUGUGGUUAGCUACUAAUGGGUUUAAACCAGUGGAAGUCAGCUUUGCCAACCGUUGCCAAGCGAAGCUCUUUUUGAGUUUGUUUAACGAUGGGUAUGAAGUGGAAGAAUUAGGCCAAAACGGGCUCGUUUUGGGAUGGAAAUCUCGACGUCUUGUGUCGGCCUCUUUUUGGGCCUCGUGCGAGUCGAGUGAAUAAAAUUCUAUAUAUAAUACAUACAUGAGUGAUAUAUGAAGGCAUCAAUUAUGUAAAUAUCAAAAAUCUUCUUCUUUUUUGUCGUCAAUACUUAUAUUAGAUUAGGC